CAGACCCCGCGGGCCCAGAAGCCCACGAGCCGCUCAGAAUUCAGGACGCUCCGGAGGCGAAGGCCGCUCUAGAACGAGCAAGACCCAGACGCCUGCGCCCUGCGCCUUUCAUCCAGACUAACUCGGCUGCAGCGACUCUCGUUCCAGGACGAUCACUUUGGAGUCCUCUCCGCGGCCACGGCCACGAUGAACGAGGUGAAGGAGUCCCUGAGGAACGUGGAGCAGCGCUACCGGCUCUUCCAGCAGCAGCAGUUCACCUUCGUCAGUGCCCUGGAGCACUGUCGGGAGGACGCGCACGACAAGAUCCGGCCCAUCUCCAGCAUCGGACAGGUGCAGGACUACAUGGACCACCACUGCCACAACUCCACCAGCCGGCGCGUCCUGCUCAUGUUCCUGGACAUCUGCGCGGAGCUGAACAGGCUGUGCCAGCACUUCGAGGCCCUGCACACCGGCACCCCCGUCACCAACAACCUCCUGGAGAAGUGCAAGACCCUCGUCAGCCAGAGCAACGAUUUAAGCAACCUUCGAGCCAAAUACCCUCACGACGUGGUCAACCACCUCAGCUGCGACGAAGCCAAGAACCACUACGGGGGCGUGGUGAGCCUCAUCCCCCUGGUCCUCGACUUGAUGAAGGAAUGGGUCGCCCACUCGGAGAAGCUGCCCCGCAAAGCGCUGCAGCACGUGAGUGCACGCCAGGCGUGCCAGGAGGCGGCCGCCGGGCCUCGGCCAGCCGGAGUGCGGAUGGUGGUUGUGGCCCAGGGCCUGCCCAGCGGCACUGCUGGCCUUCAGCCACGGGGCACAGGGCCGGCCUCCCUCACUGGCAGGACUUCCAGGACCCUUUCCUGGGGCUGCGUCCGCCGCUCGGAGCCACCCGGCUGCCCGCACACAGCGCAGCGGCUCACACAGCGCGUCCCCCGCCACACUCGGCACCGACGGGAGCCACUGGCCACUGACACCAAGCACCUGGCCAGGCCCACCCUGUCGUCUGACCGGAGCCCUCUGCAACAGGAACGCUGGCGUUCUCAGUUCCGCCAGGUGUCGCCCCGCGAGUGUGCGAGUGCAGCGGGCCUGCGGCAGGCACCUCAGCGCCCCAGCCCCGGCUCACGGCCCCCACGCCAGCACAGCUAA